UGAAUAUGGAUCAUGGUGAUUUUUUUUUUUGUGGUAAUUACCCGGAAGGUCUGCUCUUGUAUGAUCUAUUAUCAUUUAUAGCCCAAUUACUUUUCAUUUUCAUUUUUAACUUCUAAGUUUUCAAUUUUAUUUUCUUAUUUCAUUUUAGGCAGUUUGCCGACCUCUUUCAGAAAAAGAUACGCAGAGCAAAUUUCCAAUCGACUUUCUCAUGGACGUGUGGAUGAAAAAAUCCAGGAGAGCCAAUCAACAGAGAGAUAAAUAAACUGGCACACGCGGUGACCACCACCUGUUACUGCCAUUGCCUAAUCUGCGGAAUUGAAUCCACCAAAUAUCCAAAGCAGAGUCGAUCAAGCUCGAUGAGUGGUAAAAUUUUUGUUGAGAACGGGCGGGGUUCAUCAUACUUAGCGAUUUGAUGAGCGAGGAACCUCUUUCGUAUCUCUCUAACAGCAACCAGAAUUCCCUUUGGAAAGCUGAAAUCCUCUAAAACCAGAACGACGUGCAACCCGAAAGCAGCCCAGAGAUAUGGGAAGUAACCGCCGUGGUUUUUGUGGAAAUAAAGUUAUGGACGGAAAAGGAGAAGCUCCGGCGAUCGGAAUCGACUUAGGUAUGACGUACUCCCGCGUCGGAGUGUGGCGACCCGAAAAAGACCGUGUAGAAAUCAUAGCCAACGACAUUGGGAACAGAAAGACGCCGUCUUGCGUCGCGUUCAUGGACACUGAGAUUUUCAUUGGCGAUUCUGCCAGAAACCAAAUUUCCAUGAACCCCAUUAACACCAUCUUUGAUGCUAAGCGAUUGAUAGGGAGGAGAUUCAGUGAUCCCUCAGUGCAGAGUGACAUGAAGUUUUGGCCCUUCAAGGUUGUUGUCGGGCCUUGUGACAAGCCAAUGAUUGUAGUGACCUACAAUGGUAAGGAGAAGCAAAUUUCUGCAGAGGAAAUUUCUUCAAUGGUUCUAACACAGAUGAGGGGGAUUGCAGAGGCCUGUCUCGGAACAACAAUCAAGAAUGCUGUGCUCACUGUCCCUGUUGAUUUCAAUGCCUCUCGAAGCCAAGCCACAAAGGAUGCUGGAGUCAUUUCCGGUCUCAAUGUUUUGUCCAUCAUUGAUGAACACACCGCAGCUGCAUUUGCAUACGGAUUGGAUAAGAAAGCAAGCUCGGGGGUGAAGAAUGUGCUCAUAUUUGAUCUGGGAAGUUGUAGUUGUGAUGUUUCUCUACUCACGAUAGAAGAUGGAUGCAUUGAGGUUCAGGCCACCUCAGGUGACACCCUCCUGGGAGGUGUAUAUUUUGAUGACAGAAUGGUUGACCACUUUGUUCAGCAGUUCAAAAGGAAGCACAAAAAGGAUAUCAGUGAAAACCCCAAGGCUUUGAAGAGACUAAGGUCAGCGUGCGAGAGGGCAAAGAAGACCUUGUCAGGCAGCAUCCAGGCUACCAUUGGACUUGAUUCAUUGUUCGAGGGUAUUGGGUACGACUCACCCAUUGCAAGGUCGAUGAUGCUGAGGAUAGCACAUGAGAAAGCAAAGAGGAGUUCAUCUUCUACUGCUCAGGCCACAAUGGAAAUUGAUUCUUUCAAUAAGAGUAUUGAUUUUUACACAACCAUCACAAGGAUGAAGUUCGAGGAUCUGAACUUGGAUUUGUUUAGGAAGUGUAUGGAGCUGGUUAAGUGGUUUUUGAUUAAUGCUGGGUUGGAUAAGAGCGAUAUCGAUGAUGUUGUCCUUGUUGGUGGAUCUACUCGGAUCCCUAAGAUCCAAGAAUUGCUGCAAGACUUCUUCAACGGGAAGAACCUAUGCAAGAGCAUCGACCCGGAUGAAGUCAUUGCCUAUGGUGCUGCUGCACGUGCUGCUGCGCGUGCUGCGGUUUUGCAGGAGAGAUACAUGGAGCAGGUGAACCAUGAGAUGGAGCUCCAACGGAAAAGGAUCGUGGAGUUGGAGCUGGAGAACAAAAGACUCUUGGCCAAGGUAAACAGUAAACAGAGGGAGGUCAACGAAGCCAAAAAGUUGGCGGAGGGAUAUAAGUGUGAGAUGAUGAAUUUGAAAACGUAUGGGAGAAAGCGGCCAGGACCCGUAUGAAGAACUUUAGGAAAACUCCCUUCCACCCUCUAAACUGAUCCAUCCAUGUAAGUUAUGUAACCCAACCCUUUUGUUUGUUGUUGGAAUAUUGUUUUUGGUUUUUGCUGUCGUUCUUUCUCUCCUGCUUGCUGUGCAUGUAUUUACUACCAAAAAUUCUCAGAAAGCAACAUGACAUGAGAAAAGUAAGGAAAUAUCCAACCUUUGCCAUUACUCCAAGGAUCUAGUGUGUGUGUGUGAGAACUUUUCUAACUGUAAUGGACCCCAUUGUUAACUUUGCAAACCAUGUAAUUAAGAUUUAUACUGGCUGUGAAUCUUCAUGUAGUAUUAGGAAUAUUUUGUAUGGGUCUUAUUUUAUAUGCGGAGUAUUUGUCAUUUAUCUA